AUGAUGCCAAGUAAAUUUUAUAAAAGAAGUCUAAGCACUAGAAAUGAAGAUAACUACAAUUAGUAAACAAUCUUUAAACAUCCUCAAAUUAAUCUUACUCCCAUCAAAAAAAGAGUCAAUCUAACUAGAAUAGAUGGAUACGAGAACAUCAUUUCCUAACUCUAUACUCCCAGAUAAAUCAAAAACAUUGGUUAUUCACCUAAGAUUAUUAAGCAUAGCGCCUAUUAAGAAGAGACUCAGUUUAAUAAUAUUGUUUAAGGUUACUUCUUACCAACUCCGAGAAAAAUUUCAUUAUAAUUUAACAAAAUAAUCACAGAACCUACUACUUUUAAUAAUAGUCCGAUUCGAAAAUAGGAGAAAAAUUGUAUCAUAUUAAAAAACACUAAAACUGAUCUGGAGUACGAUUUAGAUAAACAAUUGAAUAUCCCAUAGAAAAUUAGAUUAUACUUUAGCUGUCAAAAAUUACAAAAAAGAUUCUUUAAAUUAUAAGAAUUACUUUAAUUUAUAAGCAUUAAAUCUAUGUAUUAAUAUCUGAAUGACCAAAAUUCAAAUACCAUUGACUAUGUAGCAGAAUUUGAUAUAUAAUACAAGCAAUUCAUAUUGACUGAAUUCUUGUGUAUCAUCUUGUAUUUCUUAAUCAAAUAUAAUUUGAUCAAAAAAGAUGAAUUGAGUAGGUUGGAAAAACUAAUCUUAUAUUAACAUUAAUAAAAUGCCUGUAAUGUCAUUCAUAAAUUGUAAAUUCAUGUCCCAGGAUUUAAGACCUACAUGCAUUUGUUCUAUUAACUUCAAUAAGCCAAUCCGUUAAUUCCUAAGUAGAUAGACUUACUCAAUAAAUACAUUGAUAAAACAAUUGAUGAUUUAAUUAAAACUAUUGUUAAUUAUUAAUUAAAGCAAUAAAUUAGAGAAUUCUUAUUUAUGAAGAUUGAAUAAAAAACAAGCGAUUUUAUAGACAAACUGAAAAAAAUUAUAGAGUCAAUCCAGGAGAAUCUUUAUUUCCUACCUAAAAAUGAAAAAGAAUACACACUAAUACUAGAUUUAGAGGAAACCUUGAUCCACAUAGAUGAUAAAUCUUAAAUAAAGAAGAGACCAUUUCUAUAAGAGUUUCUUGAAGAACUCAGUCGAUAUUACGAAAUCGUUGUUUUUGGUCACCUGCCAUAAUUAGAAAUGGAAAAAAUUAUUCCAAUAAUUGACGAAAAUUCAAUUAUCAAACAUCAACUUAAUAGAAAUCAUCUAAUGAAAUAUGAAAAAGUAUUAAUUAAAGAUUUAACAUUGUUGGGGAGACCUCCAAAUAAGUAUAUUAUAGUGGAUAAUGACCCGUUUAAUUUUCUCCUUAGUCCUCAAAAUGGUAUAUAAAUAAGGUCUUGGCAUGGUGAAUAAGGAGAUCAUGCAUUAUAAGAUUUAUAACCCUUUUUAGGUGAUCUGCGUCUAUACAAAGAUGUUAGAAUUGGAUUAACAUAAGUCAAAACAUACUCUCAAUACUUUUUUGUACCCUUGUGA